UAUUUUUCACACGAACUUGGCACAUAAAAUACUCAACAUUACGCAAAUUGUUUGAAAUUUUGCACAAAUUGUGCCUGCCGAGCUCUGUGCUGACGGGCUCUAGGCUGUACAUAAAGUGUUUGUUAUCGAAUUCCUGUGCAACAUCCUAGAAUGUCGGUGAAAGCCGUAGCAAAUGCGAAGCAUGUGUUCCUUUCGAGAAAUCUAGCUCAAUAUCAGCGUAAUCCACUGCUGUACUCAACAUACCGUGGGAUUUUUGAUUUUACGCCUAUAACGAAAACGCGACGUGAUUUCACCCAAAAGAAACUGGUAGGAUAUUCAAUGCAUCAACUCUACUCCGUGGUAGCUGAUGUAGAAAAGUAUAACACGUUCGUGCCAUUUUGCAAAAAAUCCUUUGUGUACGAUCGCAAACCGGGAUCGCUAAAAGCUGAUCUUAUAAUAGGUUUCCCACCGCUUAACGAAAGCUACACCUCGAACGUAACCCUUAUCAAGCCAACACUCGUCAGAGCGGAAUGUGUUGAUGGUCGCCUAUUCAAUUAUCUUUUAACGGCUUGGCAGUUUAGUCCCGGGCUGAAAGAUAUUUCCCAAUCGUGCGUUAUUGACUUUAUGGUCUCUUUCGAAUUCAAGUCAUUGCUUCACUCGCAACUGUCGAACCUUUUCUUCGACCAGCUCGUGAAACAGAUGGAGUACGCCUUCAUUGAGGAGGCCGAAGCCCGUUACGGUCCUCCGGCUAUCAAGAGCCACGUGCUUGUAUCGAACAAAUCCUGACCACAACCUGUUGAUCCCCAAAGACGGGAUGAAAAGGAACCCAAAUCGUAGUUAGCUUAUUUUUAUUUUGCAUACGUGUACAUAGUAGACAAAUUUCACGCAGUAUUUACCUUACCUAGGAACAGACAAAGUGCAGCAUAAUUUAUGUUUCGUUUUUGCUAGAGAAUUACAAUAUGAUAUGGGGUAUACAUCCUUUGGUAUAACCCACUAUGAAAUUUGUCAAUAAUUUAUACUCAAUCCACAGCAUUUUUGAUAUGCUGCAUAAUCUUCGCAUAACCUACGAACAGAUAUUAGAAUGAUAUACCUUCUGUGGGAUUUUCAAUGUUCAAACAUGCAUAUACAUAUUUCUUAAAUUCAAUCCAAACUGACGUCAACCAAAACGUGAAAUGUACAGUCAAUGUGUAAAGUAUAUUUAAGGAAAAAGUGAUAAACAAAACCAAUUGAA